AUGGCUGGUGUAUCGGUGCGAGAGAUGACAUCAAAAUCUGGAAAGUUAGAUAAGUUUGAAGGAGUAGAUUUUCGGAGAUGGCAAAAGAAAAUGCAUAUUCUCCUCACAAAUCUGAAUGUAGUGUAUGUUCUAAGCAUGCCUAUGCCUACUGUACCGGAUGAUGCUGAGAACGAGUCUCUAGAUGAGACAAGGAAGCAACUUAAAUGGGAAAACGACAAUUAUAUAUGCUGUGGCCAUAUUCUCAACGGUAUGUCAGAUCCUCUCUUUGAUGUUUAUCAGAAUGUCGAAUUUGCAAAAGAGUUGUGGGAUGCGUUAGAAUCAAAGUACAUGGCCGAGGAUGCUUCUAGUAAGAAGUUCCUUGUUAGUAAUUUUCAUAAUUACAAGAUGGCUGAUUCUAGGCCAGCUAUGGAGCAAUACAAUGAAUUGCUUCGUAUACUAGGUCAAUUUGCACAACACAACAUGAAGAUGGACGAAUCCAUCUCAGUAUCGAGUAUCAUCGAUAACCAUUUGCGCAUAGAGGAAACUAUAAAGGCGCAAGAAGGAGAAAAACCCAAAAAUAAUGAGGCUAGUACUUCUUCCAUCAAUAUGAUGGAGGAAGAAGAUGAUGAAGUGGCACGGUGGAUUGACUCAGGUGCAACAACACAUGUUUGCAAGGAUAGUGAAUGGUUCACUACAUAUGAGCAACUUCAAGAUGGAUCGGUACUUCAUAUGGGAAACGAGUCAACCGCCCCUAUCCUAGGUCGUGGAAAAGUGGUGUUAGAGUUGAGUUAUGGAAAAACCCUUGAUCUCAAGGAUGAAACAAGAAGUGUGGACCCUUUCAUGGGAACACCGGAGAACUCUUGCUUCUUCUUUGAAGGUGUAGCAGUGUUAACAGCGAAGCUAGGUUGGUAG